GAUACGAGAAAUACGGAAUAGAUGCACACUCGGUGGGGGCACGCCGCUACUCAAGCGCCUACAAGCUACCACUGAAAGAUAUACAGCUGCAUUCUCUUAUCGCCGCAUGGUACAAGGCUCAGGUACGCUUAUCAAUGCGUCAGUGGCGUGUUCUCUUGAUGUCGCGACCAUCACAUACCGUGUAGCCCUGUAUCGAGCUGCCGCCGCUAGUAAAGCCGUGUAUCCGUGGCUAUUCGCUUGGGAGCGCUUGAGUAGAGGCGCGCGAGCGUGUAUCUAUGUCGUAUUUUGGAUGUUUCGCGCUCUUUUGUUUUUUCUCGGAAAAACCAACGAGGCAAAGCUGAGCACUAAACAAAUGCUUGAUUCGGAGGCUAUUUGAGGUGCCCUACAACUUUGUAAUUGUUAAAUUUGUGAUUCAAGCAAUAAUUAAAAAGUUCACCAAUUAAUAUUAAUUGAGUAAGUAAUACUUCGUGAUGAAAAAAAUACUGGCCGUAAGUAUAUACGACUACGGCUACUAUGCAGUCGGUACGAUUUGUCUAGAGCCCUUGGGUAUUUUUAAAAUCUUGGUCCAUGGUUCAAGUUAACUGGAAAACACUAUAUAUAUAUAUAUGGGGUUCGGAAAGAUGGUCGGGCCCCAGCAACCGCCUGAAAAAAAUGAAAACUUUCCGCCUAUGCUCUCAGGCGCGUUUAAACAAAGUUGGUUCAGUAAAAAAAUAAUAAUAAUAACUGCCCUUAAAUGCCGCAAUCUCUUCCACUUAUAGCCCAGCAGCGCCAUAACCAUGAGCACGAUCGACGACAUCCUGCUGCACCUGGGGCCCUGGCACUACCCGGUGCUGGCGUUCUGCUUCUUCCGCGGUUUCCCGGCAGCCUAUUACGCCAUGUCGCUCUCGUUCACGGCUCCCUCGCUGCGGCACUGGUGCGCCAGACCCCCGCAGCUGGCGAACUGGACCACGGAACGGUGGCUCCUGGAAGCCGUGCCCCCAACUCACGUGAAUGAAAAGGCGAUGCCCAGUCAAUGCGAGACGUACUCGAUCGAAGUCCUGGUCAACGGCACCAUCUCCAUUCUGAACGACUCAACAGUGCGCUGCUCCAGCUGGGAGUACGAUUUAGGGGACAAUACCAAUACGAUGACCAAUGACUUCAACCUCGUAUGCGACCGUGUGUGGCUUCGAGCUGCGUCGCAGAGUUUUUACAUGGCGGGCAUCAUGAUCGGAAACUUCAUCUUCUCCCAUAUGUCGGAUUGGUACGGCAGGAAGAGGGCUCUUGUUUUCAUGACCCCGCUGCCCGUCCUGGCGAGCGUCGUGAUGUGCCUCUCCACGAGCUUCCUCAUGCUCAACAUCGGCAGAUUCGUGGCAUCUCUGGGCCUCGGCGGCAUCCUCAACACCACGUACACCAUGUCGAUGGAAGUGCUGUCGGCCCGCCACCGGGCCCUGGGUUCGCUCAUCUCCACUGGCGGUUGGACGACCGGGCUGCUGACCAUGACGGGACUCGCGUGGCUCUUUCGGGACUGGAUGCUCUUCCAGGGCGUCAUCACGAUCGCUGCGCUCGGCGGUGCCGUCAACUGGUUUUUUAUACCCGAAUCUCCGCGCUGGCUCCUUGCUAUGGGAAGAUACGACGAAGCAAGGGAAGAACUCGAGAAGGCCGUGCGCAAGAACAAGGUGACCGGAGUCUCAGUGGAAGCCAUCAUCAAGGAGUUCAAGGACAAAAUCUCCAAGGACAAGCUGUCCUCAAAGCCCACGUUCGCGGAUCUUUUCCGGUCAAGAAGCAUACGAAUUACGUCGUGUCUCCUGUCUUCCAAGUCCGGCCGAGUACCCCGGCAGGCUUCUCGGCGUGGUCGCUGUCAACUACCUUCGACGCAGGACCGCCUACAUAGGCCUCUACGUCUUCGCCUCCAUCUGCUCGGCGGUCGCCAUCUUCGUGCCGGCGGAUGCCUCGUGGGCGCUGAUGGCGAGCGCGCUGUUAGCCAAGAUGGGCCUGAUAGCGGCGCACUGCGUCAACGUGGUCCAGAUGUCCGAGCUCUAUCCGACCAGGCUGCGCACCACGGCCAUGGGCUUCACCAUCACCACGAGCCGCGUCGGGGCCAUACUGGCGCCCUUCACCAAGGAGCUGGGCGUGGUGUUCUUCCCGUGGGUGCCCAAGGUGGUCGACAUCACGGUGUGCGCCUGCCUCAUCCUCGUGUCGCUCCCGCUGCCAGAGACGUUCAAGGAACCGCUGCCGGACACGCUACACGACAUCAAGAAGGCCAAGAAGAGCAGGAAGGGAAAAGACCCAGUGGACCCGUACGUCGCAGCAGAAGCGCAGCCAUUGCGGUAACAAAGAUGCAAAUACUGAAAUUAUCAGAACAAGUGUCACCUUGCACGCAAGUAAAAUAUAAUAAAAAUAGAAAAAUGCAAAUAUAAGAGUUUCUUAUAGUUUUUCCUUUUUUUUUUUCUCGUGCCGCCAUUCUUCUAUUAGUACUAUCACACGUCCAACAUGUACCCUUGAAAUUGAAAUGCCAUAGCGAAGUUAAAACGACGAAGACUUCAACUGUGGAGC